CAGAGCAGCCCAUGCCGUGACGUGUCCUCCAAGCCAGCAGGGGGCGCUGGAGCCCCCGCGAUGUGUUGGAUUUCUCCACAACGCGCGGGGCAGUGUGGUCUCCGAGUUUUGCCUCGUUCCUCCCGGCCACAGGGGGCGCUCCCCGCUCCCCGCACGCUCGCUCCCGGCCGCUGGGCGGCGUUGUUGUGUAACGCGUUGUGUCCCCGCGGGUGCUGCAGAGGCCUCUCUCUCUCUCGCGCUCUCGGCCGCUCUCCCGCCCCACACUGUGAGCUCGGUGACCCCGGGCGGACCGCAGACCUGGACAUGGCAGCCACGGUGUCCCCGGUGGGCAAGCGACUGCGUCUGCUGUUUGACGAGACGGCCUCCGGCCGGGAGGGGAGCGCCGACCCGUCUACCCCGCUGGGAAAGCGGGCCUGGCAGGGCGGGACCGUGCGGGGCCUGAAGGGAGCGGUACCGGAGGAGCUGGCGGUGAGUGAGCGCCGAGUGAGCGGCCAGUCUGCUCUCCGGGCGGACUACACUGUCCUUCCCCAGGGUGUCCUCCUUACUACAGCCCGGGGAUCGGCUGGGCCUCGUACCGAUCAGAUAUUACCGUGUUUACAUCAGAUAUUACCGUGUUUACAUCAGAUAUUACCGUGUUUACAUCAGAUAUUACCGUGUUUACAUCAGAUAUUACCGUGUUUACACCAGAUAUUACCGUGUUUACACCAGAUAUUACCGUGUUUACACCAAAUAUUACCGUGUUUACACCAAAUAUUACCGUGUUUACAUCACUCACAUUAGAUAUUACCGUGUUUACAUCAGAUAUUACCGUGUUUACAUCACUCACAUUAGAUAUUACCGUGUUUACAUCACUCACAUUAGAUAUUACCGUGUUUACAUCAGAUAUUACCGUGUUUACAUCACUCACAUUAGAUAUUACCGUGUUUACAUCACUCACAUCAGAUAUUACCGUGUUUACAUCACUCACAUCAGAUAUCACUGUGUUUACAUCACUCACAUCAAAUAUCAGUGUUUACAUCAAAUAUUACCGUGUUUACAUCUCGAUAUCACUAUUACCGUGUUUAUAUCACUCACAUCAAAUAUUACUGUGUUUACAUCACAUCAAAUAUUACCGUGGUUACAUUAGAUAUUACCGUGUUUACAUCUCUAUCCCUAUUACCGUGUUAACAUCUCUAUUACCGUGUUUAUAUCACUCACAUCAAAUAUUACCGUGUUUACAUCACUCACAUCAAAUAUUACCGUGUUUAUAUCAAAUAUUCCCGUGGUUACAUUAGAUAUUACCGUGUUUACAUCUCUAUCCCUAUUACCGUGUUAACAUCUCUAUUACCGUGUUUAUAUCAUCAGAUAUUCGUGUUUACAUCAAAUAUUACCGUGUUUACAUCACUCACAUCAAAUAUUAGAUAUUACCGUGUUUACAUCACUCACAUCAGAUAUUACCGUGUUUACAUCACUCACAUCAGAUAUUACCGUGUUUACAUCACUCACAUCAGAUAUUACCGUGUUUACAUCGCUCACAUCAGAUAUUACCGUGUUUACAUCAAAUAUUACAGUGUUUACAUCAAAUAUUACCGUGUUUACAUCGCUCACAUCAGAUAUUACCGUGUUUACAUUGCUCACAUCAGAUAUUACCGUGUUUACAUCGCUCACAUCAGAUAUUACCGUGUUUACAUCGCUCACAUCAGAUAUUACCGUGUUUACAUCGCUCACAUCAGAUAUUACCGUGUUUACAUCUCGAUAACACUAUUACCGUGUUUAUAUCACUCACAUCAAAUAUUACCGUGUUUAUAUCACUCACAUCAAAUAUUACCGUGUUUACAUCACUCACAUCAAAUAUUACCGUGUUUAUAUCACUCACAUCAAAUAUUACCGUGUUUACAUCUCGAUAACACUAUUACCGUGUUUAUAUCACUCACAUCAAAUAUUACUGUGUUUACAUCUCGAUAACACUAUUACCGUGUUUAUAUCACUCACAUCAAAUAUUACCGUGUUUACAUCUCGAUAACACUAUUACCGUGUUUAUAUCACUCACAUCAAAUAUUACCGUGUUUACAUCUCGAUAACACUAUUACUGUGUUUAUAUCACUCACAUCAAAUAUUACCGUGUUUACAUCAAAUAUUACAGUGUUUACAUCAAAUAUUACCGUGUUUACAUUACAUCAAAUAUUACACCGUGUUUACAUCACAUCAAUAUUACCGUGUUUACAUCGCUCACAUCAAAUAUUACCGUGUUUACAUCGCUCACAUCAGAUAUUACCGUGUUUACAUCGCUCACAUCAGAUAUUACCGUGUUUACAUCGCUCACAUCAGAUAUUACCGUGUUUACAUCGCUCACAUCAGAUAUCACCGUGUUUACAUCGCUCACAUCAGAUAUCACCGUGUUUACAUCGCUCACAUCAGAUAUCACCGUGUUUACAUCGCUCACAUCAGAUAUUACCGUGUUUACAUCGCUCACAUCAGAUAUUACCGUGUUUACAUCGCUCACAUCAGAUAUUACCGUGUU